AUGGCGGAAGAUGAGCCUUCAUACAUUGACUAUGACACCUUCCUCGCCCCGGACUUUGAUGCCGCCUCCUUCGCCAAUACGUUGGUGACGAGCACGAAUAAUAUAAAUGACACCCAACUCGACCUGUCAACACCUCUCUCGCGGGUCUUGUUUGACUUGCAAGAAAUUGACACUCACAUUCACAAUCUCACCACCAAAUCGGCCCUGCCGCUUCUGGCAUACACGCAAGACCAAACCCAGGCGAGCCAACGUAUUCUCACAGAAGUCGAAGACCAGGUCUCGUCUCUGACCGACGGGUAUGCACGCUUAGAAAAAGAGGUUGGCCAAAAAUGGGCAAAUGCAGAAGAAGCGAGGAUAGCCUCGGAGAACUCGUGGGCUACUUUACGCCUGGCUCGGGCUGUCGGGCGGUGCAUCACGCUGGGCAGGCAGCUUGAGGGACAGAUUGCUGAGGUCACUGGUCGAGGUAGCGGAAAGGAUGACCAUCGAGCGAUGGUACGUGCAGCCAACACGAUAGUCAUGCUACGACAGAUGUUUGCGGCGACGGGUGAGGGAGAAGAGGCCCAGGGAUUAGAUCGGGUGAAGGUCAUUCGGACUCUUCGAAGCGAUCUCAUCAUCCCCUCGGAAACCACCACCAAAGCCAGAGCGCAACAAGUUGUCAACAGGUUCUCCAUGUCGUCGUUGCUUUCGGCAAGCAGUAGAACAAACGGCGCACAGUCUCCUCCGCCGGCCGCCUCUACAUAUGCUCAAACCGAAGAAACCAAGUCAAGGUUGUCGUCGGCAAUCACGACUCUAUACUUGCUUUCACCGACCCCAAAGACUGGCACCGUAGCAGUAGAUUUCGAGCCGGACCUUCUCAUUUCAACUCUACAGGGAUACAUUCACAACGCGUUGACCGCAUCCUUAUCCUCCAUCGUGCGGGCACUUUCCAUGUUGCCCUCUCUCGAUCGCGCUCUUCUUGAAGUGUCGAAUCGGUGCCAAGAUCUAGCUGCGUUAGAAACCCUUCUCGCCAGCUUCAAGCGUCCGAGCCACCCACUGCUAUCAUCGAGCACAAACAGAAGCGCGAAGGAGACGGGUGAUGACGGUGACGGCGACGACGACAGCAAAAACAACCUUCUUCAGCCUCUACUCCAUGCUUUAGACACGUCAUCUCUGCCAUCAUACUACUGGCGAUCAUUAGCCUCCUCGCUGCCAGCCCGUGUCCAAGAGAUUGUCAACCGCGGGGGCGUGUCAGCUCGAACACUGCGAUCGAACCGUGAUCGACUGCGAACAGAUCUACGAGACUGCGUCCUUCGUGGUUCUCAACUGCCAUCGAACCUGGGAAAAGGUCGCGCUGGGGGUGCGGUUAUGAGGGGCAACUGGGAGCGCGAGGCUGCCGUGAUGGUUAGCUCUGUUGUUAAUGCGUUGGGACGGUAG